GGAGAUGCCGUGAGGUGUGGGCGGCCGGCCGCCCUUCGCUUCACCCUCAAUCCUUUCCUUUCUGUCGCGGCCAACUCCACCACCUAGCUAGCCUUUAUUCUCCAAGAACUUAAGCCCCCCUCCUCCCCUCCUCCGUCCAUUGCAAUUUCCAGCUCAACUCGCCUCUCGAUCCUCCGAUCCUCCUCGCCUGCUUCCCGCAAACAUCGUGAUCGCCGCCGUCGUUCUUGACACCGCGAAGUUCUCCGCCGUUAUUCUUCCUCGUCGUCUGCUGUCCGCGCCGUGCGCGUGUCUGUGUGUAUAUAUGCUGUCUUGGAGCACCGGUGGUUCCUGUGUAGAUGGGCUACGCCCCGAGGACCUCUGAGCAGUGCAGCCACGAGAGGAGAUCUAGCUUCAUGAAGUGGCUCUGCAAUUUCUUGAAGGGGACAAAGCCUGGGGAGUCGAACCGGCGGCGGCCUCGGGUGAUGGGGGGAGAACAGAGCACUCUCUGGCAACAUGAACCGAUCAGACCGAAGAGGGAAGAGCCGCCUAGACCUGACAAUGAAGAAUUGGACCGUCAGAUUGCACUCUCUCUUGCAGAGGAUGCCAAACACCCUAAAGAGCGAAAUCAGAAUAAGGGAGAGAAUGAUGAAGACCUUGCCAAGGCCAUGCAAGACAGUAUGAACAUGAAUCCUUACAUGCCUCACAAUCCUUAUGGCCCCGCUCAGGCCUUGCCUAGAGCGCACAGGGUCUGUGGUGGUUGCAAGCAUGAGGUAGGACAUGGCCAUUACUUGAGCUGCAUGGGAAUGUACUGGCAUCCUCAGUGCUUCCGUUGUUCUUCCUGUACCCACCCUAUCCGCGAGACUGAGUUCACCUUGCUAGGUGCAGAACCAUACCACAAGUUGUGCUACAAGGAGCUACACCACCCAAAAUGUGAUGUCUGCCUUCAAUUUAUCGCGACGAACAGGGCAGGCUUGAUAGAGUACAGAGCCCAUCCAUUCUGGGGACAGAAGUAUUGCCCUUCCCAUGAGCUUGACCGCACACCUCGUUGCUGUAGCUGUGAGAAAAUGGAGCCAAGGAACACAAAGUACAUGUCGUUGGGAGACGGCCGCAGUUUAUGCAUGGAAUGCCUGGAUUCUGCGGUCAUGGAUACCGGUGAAUGCCAACCACUGUACCACUCUAUUAGGGACUACUACGAAGGGAUGAACAUGAAACUAGACCAACAAAUACCCAUGCUCCUGGUUGAACGGCAAGCGCUCAACGAAGCUAUGGAAGGAGAGUGCAGGGGUCCUCACCACAUGCCUGAAACAAGAGGCCUGUGUCUCUCGGAGGAGCAGACAGUGACCAGUAUACUUAAAAGGCCCAGGAUUGGUGGACAUAGAUUACUAGAUAUGAGAACUCAACCACAGAAGCUGACUCGGAGAUGUGAAGUCACUGCAAUUCUUGUCUUGUAUGGACUCCCCAGGUUACUAACUGGGUCCAUCCUUGCCCAUGAACUGAUGCAUGGGUGGUUGCGCCUCAAAGGUUACCGAAACCUAAGCCCAGAGGUUGAGGAAGGUAUAUGCCAAGUCAUGUCUUACUUGUGGCUGGAGGCGGAGAUUCUCCCAGCUUCUACAAGACACGCUCAUCCUUCAUCAUCUUAUGCUUCUUCUUCAUCGUCCUCAUAUCGACCACCAUCGUCCAAGAAGGGAGGAAUAUCUCACACCGAGAAGAAGCUUGGCGAGUUCUUCAGGCAUCAGAUCGCGAAUGACACUUCAGAAGCAUACGGCAAUGGUUUCAGAACUGCCUAUAAAGCUGUCAACAAGUAUGGCCUUCGCCAGACACUGAACCAUAUACGCUUAACCGGGGGUUUUCCUGUGUAAUAACACUUGAAGGAAACACAAAUGUCCAUAUCCAGAAAUGUAGGGAUCAUACGCACAUACAUAAGGAGAUGAAUGUGCUACACAAGGAUUCAUAUUUCAUGACCUUGCGUUUUCUGAGGGGUCAUGUCAGAGUGAAUCAGAAAAGAAGUUGCAUUUGCUCGAAGUAACAGGAUGGCAGGUGUAAUAAGAUGACAUAGCACCAAUGUAACUCGCGGUAUUACCCAUGCUAAUGUAUUGAGGUAUUUCUUUAUGUA